AUCCGCACCGUAAGUUGAUGGAAGGACAGAGUGAAGUGUAUAUGCCCUGGAGACGCCCGCCAUGAGAGAGUGUAACGUUACAAGUGGUUCCACAUGUUGGUCCAGUAUCGGGCUGAUUAAGCGAUUCGGAAGAGGAAUUAUCAACGCAAAAGCGCCCCGAAAGGUGGAGGAAGUGAAUGAUUGCGCUGAAGGUUGAUUAUGAAUUCAAUGUCAGUUGAUGUAACCGAAGCGAGAAGCGAAUAUUUUUGGGGGAUCCGCGUGAGCAUGUGUUGGUCGAAGUGUUCGGUUGGUUGUGUUUUGGCCGCCCGAAGCAGCGCCGCGAUAGAGUUCUAAGCCGCAAAGUGUUUAGAAUGCCCCAGCGCUUGGAUGUGUUGAGGUGAACUUGUGAUAAAACCCGUGAUGGUCGUGGUGACCAUGGAUCCCCCAGUCUGGAUGUGACAGUGAGUGUGCGUCUGUCUCGCUUGUGCAGUGAGAGUGAAGGAAAAAAGGCACAAUUAAGAACGAGUGUAAGUGGCCUAAAGACCUAUAUUCGAGUGAAGUUUUGAUUAUUCCCGAAAUUUUAGUGUAAAUACGCCUGGGUUUGGCGCGUUUCUUCGCGUGCGGUGAUAGUGAAAGUGACCUACAGUCAGAAUUCGUUCCGCUUCUGGAAGUGGAUGACGCUGAAACUGUUGACAGCCGUUUGAAGUCACGAUAUUCUGGAAUAAGUUGAUUUGCCUUUUUUCCAUUCUGCAGUUUUUUGCAGGUUUCGAAUUAGAAGAAAUACAAACACAGUGCUCUGUAAGAGGAGAAUCAAAGGAAAUCUGUGCAUAUGUGUAAGUGCGCGUGCAAGCGAAGAAUACUGCGAAUAAGAGUGAUUUUCGCGAUCAUUGCGAAUUCAUAGAAUCGAAUCAAUUUGUGUGCGUAUGAUUAUUAUUCGCGAAUAUCGCUUCCUGAUACGUCGAAGACUUUGGUUUUGUAUGCAAAAUACAGCCGAUUGGCGAGUUUUGCUGACGUCCAAAUUCGGUGUGACCAUGACACCAACGGUGGAGGCGCCACAUUGCGUCCUGUCGGUGUGUUAGUGUGCAUGUGCAACGACGGCGAUGGCCCAAAAUCGCUCCAGCUGCGACCCUGUAGCCGAGUGACAUCAAGCUGCGUAUUUUGAUACCACCCCCGCAACCGAAGCAGAGCAACUUCCGCUCCCACUAGUGACUCUGUGCAGCUACACAUUUUACCGCUGCUGCUGGUGUAAAAUUUGGUCAACCAAUCUAUGUGCUGUUCCCUGUUGCAUCUGUGCUCUUUCUUCGACCUUGAACUAUAUACUUGUCUUGCUUAUCUCGCCCCAUUGUGCUUCUGCUGCUGCUGCAUCUCUUCCUGUUGCAUCCCGGGAAUCAACGAUCGCCUGAGCGUAUCCAGUGAUUGGAGCGCAAUAGUGCAUAUUUCGGAAACGACCCUCCGCACGGAUGUGCAUUUGUGUGCUUAUAUGUGUGCGUGUGUGGGCUGGAACUAGCAGCAUCCCCCAACAAUCUGGGGAGGUUUUUGGCGCUGGCCAGCUCGAAAAUCUCGUUAUCAUUCAGUCAAGUGCUACCUGAUGGAAUAGGGCUAACAAAGUGUCUCGCGUACUCGAAUCGUUAGUACAAAGAUCCAAAGUGUUCAACCCAAGUCCGUAGCGAAAAAAAAGCUCCCCCACUUAGUGAAGUGUUCAAGUGAUAGAAAAGAAAAUAAUAGUUGUUUAAAAAAGUAACAUUAGAUUUUGUAAUACAAUCUAAGCUGUGUGUGAAAUUUCCCCAAAAAAGUGAAAUAAAAUGCACGAAGAGUCCUCCCCGACGGCGACGAGUUCCUCGACAGCUUCCAAGCCUACCAGUAUCGUGUACGCCAGCAUUAACGAGGCAGGCGGCAGUGGCAUUGGCGAGGGUGGACAUUCGUUGAAUGGCAACCUUCUCAUUACGACAUCGCCGAUCCAAGAUGCAACGUCAUCGCUGUUCGAGUUGGUGCAACAGCAUCACCAACCGCCGCUCCAGCAUCAAACGCAGCAUCAUCAACAGCAGAUUAUGACAUCCACCCAACCGAUUCACACUACUAAAAUCAUUAUCACCAACAACCCGCUGAUCAGCACCUCUACUAGUCCAGUUGGAGUUCGUUCCCUCCAGCAUCAUCACGCUAUGCAUCAGCAACACCAGCAGCAGCAGCAGCAACACCACGUCCAACCGAGCUCAUCCACGAGCGUAAUGGUCGGCUCGGGGACGUCGUCGAGGACUGCUGUCUGCUCCACUGCCGCCGGAACUACCACCAUAGUCAUUAACACAAACGAGCCACCGUUCGAUGCUGCGACAGCGCUCCAGCUGUCCUCCACCCUAGAGGCUGAAACGUCCGGAGCGUCCGGUGGACUGCUGGCGGACGUCGGCUGCAGCUCGACGGCAGCAACUGCCCUCAUCGAUCUGCAUCCGUCAUCUUCGUCCAGCAGCACCACCGCUUCCCCACCCACCGACCGUGGGGCGGCAGGCGGAGGAAUACAUUUUCAGGAAUUGACCGCUACCGCUACGAGCAGCGCCAGCGGAUCGUCCGACGGCGUCGGACUGCACGAGCCGAUCGAGAUCAAAAUUCCAUCGGAGGGGUCCUUCACGGAGGGAUCCGAUGGUGGCUACCACGAGAACAUCUCCCAAACGCAGUCGAACUAUCUCGCGAUCCCCCCGUCAGAACUGUGCCCGGUGUGCGGUGACAAAGUUUCAGGCUACCACUAUGGACUGCUGACGUGCGAGUCCUGCAAGGGCUUCUUCAAGCGUACCGUCCAGAACAAGAAGGUUUACACGUGCGUCGCCGAGCGGCAGUGUCACAUCGACAAGACCCAGCGCAAGCGCUGCCCCUACUGCCGCUUCCAGAAGUGCCUCGAGGUCGGCAUGAAGCUAGAAGCCGUGCGAGCCGAUCGGAUGCGUGGAGGAAGGAACAAAUUCGGCCCCAUGUACAAACGCGAUCGGGCGCGGAAGCUUCAAAUCAUGCGGCAGCGGCAGCUAGCGAUACAGGCACUGCGGGGGUCGAUAGGUGGCGGCGUCGGCAUCGGUCAGCUCGGUUCGGACGGUGCGUCACCGCAGCUGCAGGGCAUCGAUUACCACCAGCCGUACUCCAGCAUGCAUAUCAAGCAGGAAAUCCAAAUACCGCAGGUGUCUUCGCUGACGUCCUCGCCCGAUAGCUCACCUAGUCCGAUCGCGAUUGCGUUAGGUCAAGUGAACCCACAGACGACGAUAUCGUUGAGUAGUGGCGUAGGAGGUAACGGAAGUAGCGGCGGUGGUGGCGGAGGCGGAGGCAACAACAACGGUUCCGGUGGAUCCAACUCGACGCUACAAACGCUGCAGAAUCAACUCUCGGAGUCCAAGCUAUGGAUGAGCGCCAAUUCGACGACCGCUUCGCCACAUUCGCUAAGUCCCAAAACGUUCAGCUUCGACAGUGGAACGAUCCCCACGAGCACGGCCGAUUCGGGCAACCCGGCGGACACGUUAAGGGUAUCACCGAUGAUUCGCGACUUCGUACAAUCGAUCGAUGACCGGGAGUGGCAGACGGCGCUGUUCUCGCUGCUUCAGAACCAAACCUACAAUCAGUGCGAGGUGGAUCUCUUCGAGCUGAUGUGCAAAGUAUUAGACCAAAAUCUGUUCUCCCAGGUGGACUGGGCGCGGAAUACCAUAUUCUUUAAGGAUUUGAAGGUGGACGACCAAAUGAAGCUGCUGCAAAACAGUUGGUCCGAUAUGCUGGUGCUGGAUCACAUCCACCAGCGGUUACACAACGGGCUGCCGGACGAAACCAACCUGCACAACGGGCAGAAGUUUGAUCUCUUAGGUUUAGGUUUGCUGGGCGUCCCCAGCAUGGCCGAUCAUUUCAACGAGCUGCAGAACAAGCUGCAAGAGCUCAAGUUCGAUGUUGGCGAUUACAUCUGUAUGAAAUUCCUGCUGCUGUUGAAUCCUGGUAAGAACGAUUAUUUUCUGGUUUUGAGUGGUUAUCUAAUUGGCAUUCGUAUCGUAGAAGUUCGAGCGAUCACCAACCGGAAGACGGUGGUCGAAGGCUAUGAAAAUGUGCAAGCAGCACUGCUGGAUUACACCCUCACCUGUUAUCCGUCGGUGCCUGAUAAGUUUAGUAAAUUGCUCAGUAUUAUUCCGGAAAUUCACGUGAUAUCGUCGCGGGGCGAAGGGCAUCUGUACAUGAAGCACUGCGCCGGCAGUGCGCCCUCGCAAACCCUGCUGAUGGAGAUGCUGCACGCCAAACGCAAAUGAAGUUGACGGGGAAGUAACAACAGCGGGAGGGUCACCUAGGGGAAAACGGCCGGAAUCGUUUCCUAAGUACAGUGCAGACAAAAUGUGGUGUGAAUUGCAAAGGACUGUGUGUUCCUUUCGUGUUUAUUUAGUUAGUGUAUGCUGUUUCGAGCGAAUAAUUUCUUCUUUAUUUUGUGUUGAAAGAAAACAAUCGGUUUUUAAUAUUGGUUACAAACCGCUGACGUCCAUCCAUUUGGAAGCAACAGAGAGCAAUGGUUCUGGGUGUGCCCCUGCCUGUACGGUUGAUUCACACCAAAUCAGUGCCACAACGCAACACGCAAGCAACCAGCAGACAUACAGAACCGAAUCUGUAUACGAAUAAAUAGAUUCUCCAAGUCCACUAAUAUGCACAGUAAUAAAACAAUGAUGUUACCAUUCAUCUCAGCGAAUUAAAUUUUAAUUCUACCCUAAUUGUCAACUCAGAAAAAAACAAAAGUAGUUUUAGUCAGACAAACAGAAGCAAAACACGCCGUAGAAGAAAUAGUCAAAUCAAAAAAAAAUUGUUGUCAAUCCAAAUCAAAUUUGCCGAAGAUGAAAAAAAACAAUUCAGUGUAAAAUGUUAUAAAACUAUUCCGGAUACAACACCCAAUCAUAUGCGAAAGCAAGCAAGCAUGCAAAACUCGUGACUUGAGGCGAAGAAGCUAAAAACGAAACACAACACAACCAACGUAAAAACAAAGGAUCUAAAACUAAGUGUUCAGUAAAUGUUAAAACAAAAUGCAACUAUUAACGAAUUCUCCUUAAAUGAAUAACUUUUUUUUUGCUGUAAUAAUCAUAUAUUUCUUUCCGGAUCUUAGUGCAAUAUUUAACAAAGACAACCACACACACCAUGUCAUUCAUUAAUUCAUUGUUCACACCGAUCGUCUUCUGAGACAGAAGAGCGCAACCAAAAUUUGAAACAAGAAGAGUGGUAUUCCUUCCAAAUUCAUCUCACCAGAAUCGCCACAGUGAUGGUAAUUAAUUAUGUUCUAUUGAUUGCACCCUAAGAAAAUAUCCUCUUUGUCCACACAAAACCCGUUCUACUCUAAUAUGCAAAAAGCACGCCCGAUUCAAUAUUAAAGAUAAACAACAGAACAAACGUAAAAAAAGUGUGUGCGAGAGAGAAGAAAAAAAGUUCAAAUCGAAUAUGUUGAAUAAGUCCUUACUCGUUAAAACUGAGCAAAGCAAAUGAUACUAAAGCUGUAUACUAAGCGUUACCGCCAUAACCGACACAGGCGAAACAAGUAAGUGCAGCAGGAGAGAAAUUUAGGAAGAGCAAACAAAUGUGUUUCAAAUGGUUAAUCGCCGUUGAAGCGAAUCAACUGUUAAUAGUUACUGUGUGCUGAGAGUAAGAACACAUUGGAAAAAAACAUGUUAGGAAUUCAGAACCGUCACACUUAGAUUUCACCCCACAAUCGAGUAUUGCAACAAAUGUCCAUACAUCAUCGCCAUCGUGUCGCUGCGGAACAGAACAAAUCCUUAGAUGUUUGUCCCGGGCAAAACCUAGCGGCGUUGGUCACAAUUACCAAGGAACGUGAAACAUAGUUCCCAAUGCGCGUUUGGGUGCAAGUGUUUGAAACGAUCUUGAAUGGUGGGCGCUGUUUUCUAGUACCUCGUUUCGGAUAGCAGAGGGUAGAGCUUCGAUAGGUCUGGUACUUCAAUUCGAAGGCAGUAAUGCUAGAACAUCAGCAAUGGAAACGAGCCUCAAUUAUCGAGCAUUUAUCAGAACAGAGAGGUAAAUUAUUUUCAUCCUAAACUAUCGUUCAGUGCUCGGAUUCAAUCGAGUGGGAUUCUUUUUAUCGAUGUUACAUUUUUAUUUGUUUUAUGAAAUAAUAAAUGCUAUGGAAGUGGGCGGACUCAAAAUGUUUUUACAGAUACCAGGUUGAAAACUUAUUGGACCAUAUCAUUUCAUGAUUUUAAUAUAAUUCCCCGCAAUUUCAAUACACUUGUUCUAGUGAUGUUCUGGUUUGUGAGUUAAUUCCUGGAAUGAGAAUCCGGAGGACUGUCGGAAUACACUUUCACGGCUGCUAUUACCUCACCAAUCAAUAUUUACUCAGAAAUUUGAAAAUCUAGAUCAGUAAUGAGACAGAAAAAAUCAAAACUUUAAACAGCUGCAAUCCCCAAACCAAUUGCGCUGCAGCGCGGACUCGAUUAUAUACAGUUUUUGAUUUCUUUUCACUGUAUAUAAUCGAAAAAAAAAUUGAUUUGUUUGUUUUGCAUGUAUUUUUCGAUUUUUGAAAAUAAAAGAGGAAUUUGAUUUUUGAUUCAUCCCCUUAAAGUCAGAAAACACCUUUCUCAUAUGAAAAAAAUAAAUUUAUCCAGAUUAUCUAAGGAGGUGAUAGACGAACAUAUUUGAUGAAAAAAAAUCCUUCUACGCAUAUGUUCGAAUUCCAACAAUGACAGAGUUAUAGAACUUUUUUUUCAGACUCUGUUGCCUCAAACUGGCUCUACAUUAAAAGGUACGCUAUGGAAAAUGAUUCUGAUGCUCGUUUGAAAGAUGAGAAAAUUUAGUAUAUGAUGUAGUAGCGGAACAACUAAAUUAGUGGAUUUUAACAACAUUUUGGAAGUGAAAAACAUAAAAGUUAAAAAUUUUUAAUGUGUUAUUAUUAAUUUUAUCCUGUAAAUUUAUACUAAACUAAAUUGUUUCUAUCAAUUAAAUUGAAGUUCUUUAACCGCUCUACAAUUUGUUCUUUGACUCCCAAUUCUAUCUUUCCUAAUUUGGCUGCAAUAUCGAAAAUUCAAAAUUCAAAUCUUCAAAAAUCAUGAUUUUUACCCCACUUUACAUGUAAUAGACCCUUAAACUUCACCUUAAUGCUGAAAGGUUACAUUUCUUCUUGAAAUAAGCAAUAUUUGAAAUAUAAAAAAAAAAUGUUUUUCCAAAAUUGCAUAUAAUCGAGACUGCAUAUAAUCGAGUCCGACCUGUAUUAUAGAAAGCUAAAUAAAAUUGAAAAGGGGAUUUAAUUUCUGAUUAAAUUGAUAGUAACAUAAUUUACACAUUUUAUUUUUUGCAAAACUCUUCUAUCUUCAAAGGUGCAUACCUUCCAUUAGGGAAUUCACUGUAGUUUUGGAUACUUUCCUGACUGACUUACUACGAAAUUCUGAAAUGUUUUCGGUUCAUUACUUCAUUGACUUCAAAUUUCUUUUAAUUAAGGUGAAGGUGGAAGGAAGCCAUUGUAGUAGUAUAGGUAAAAUCACGUGUUCUCAUGGGGUAAUAGUGUUUGUGAGAGAAGAGCAAAGCACACGUAAAUAGAUUAAUUCACUUAUCAGACUGUGUGGCGCUUCAUUGACACGAGUCUUAGAACACAUUUGAAAAAAAAUAACAAUUCAAUGCUAAAAUAUAAAUAUAUAAAGAAGGUGUAUUUGCAAAUGAAGUAAAAUUCUGAUUUUACGCGAGCGUAACAUGAGCCAAUUCAUAACACAUGCGCCCAAGUUCUUCCGCACAGUAACUCGAUGUUGAUAAUUUCUCAACGUUUUCCUUCGUUGAUCGUAUUAUUUUCAUAUAUUCACGUUGGAAAGCCUUAACCCGUCUUUUCGUUGGCCGAGGCAUUUUGAUUGGAUGUAAUACCUUUCCGUUUACUAUUUUUGAAAGCAUAGGCAGCCGUGGCAGUGUUCUGCAAUACAAUUUUCUUAACCAAUGUUUAAGUUGCUAACACUUACAUCAUAGACCCAUUAAACGUAAGAAAAAUAAUUGUAUUGAUAUCAUUUUCUUCGCACUGUUUCGCAAAAUUAUUAAUUUUCGGGCGAGGGGUAAGGGAGGGAGAUGAUAGAAAUGAGCGCCAUUGCGGCAGCUAUUUGUGGCUUCCUUCCACCUUCACCUUAAGGCAGUAUUCUAGUCUAGAAAUUUGUAAAAAAUCAAAAAAAAAUCCUCCAUAUUUCUGUAGUUUAGGCAUUCAAGAAUAUACCCUAGAAAAGACUUAUCGAAAAUACUAAUAUUUAACGAGUUAGAGCCAUUUUAGUGACGCGGUAUCUAACCUGGUACGGCCAUAACAAUGAACUUCAAACGCUUUUUUCUCGAAACUAGAUUUUUCGAACUGGCGUACACGAUAUCUCAAGUUCUACUGAACCGAUUCAUGUCAUUUCUAUGGAUACAAUCUGCAGGCAUCUCUAUAUCGCAUGAACCUCUAAAAAAAUUAUAUUUUUUAAAUUUAAUAUUUUUAAAAAAUCGAGAAACGUAAGAAAAAAUGUUUUGAACCACAUUUUGUUUUUCAAACGCCCGCCAUUUUGUCAAAAAAGAAUCUUUUCGACUUGUCCGAGGUUCACGCGAUAGCGGCAUCUUUACUGAUUCAGAAUCUGGCCGAUUUUUUGUUUCAGAUAACCAGAAGGGCUGGAAUCGUGUACGCCAUGGCACAACUUUUUUCUGAACCCAAUCACUUCAUCAUCUCUUAACUAUUCUAGUAAUGCAUAUUUUUUCUCCGUUCGAAUUUUGCUUCAUUGUUAAAAAAUAGAUGAACAAAUAAUGAUGUGAUGUUUUCGUGUAUCUACACCACAAUACCCCCAUAAUGCGAAUUGGCAUCUCUAGGAACCAAAAUCACAUUGUUGUCUUCAUACCAUUUCAAAAUUCCUUUGGUAUACAUGAAGCCAAAUCUGACCAGAAGAAUGUAGACACAUUGUGUUUCCUUAUGAAUGGCAAUAGACGCUUCUGUAGGCACAAUUUUUUCAAAAUUUCAGAAUUUAGAAAUCGUUUGUGACGAUUUGCUUUUGGCACCACAACUACAAAUCGAAUCAUUUUUCAUGUCCAACUAUUCAUUCCAUAUUUCGCAAAGAAGACGAACCACAUUCAUGUUGGUGGUAAAACGGACGUUGUGUAUUUAUGUUCGCAUCUUCUCGCGUGAGUCAGGAAAAAGACCGCUCAAACUUAAGGAGUCCAAGCGAGUCCAGAUGUCCGCUCCUGCUGAGCCUAUUGAGCUUCGCGUGGGCUGGCUUUUUGUUUUUAUUUUAGGAUAAUAGUUGGAAACCCACAGUGUUGAACUACGAAAAAAACUUUUUUGCCUUCCACACGUUUUUGAGAUGGUCACAUACCGAUUUGUGUUUCUUACAUUGUUUACGAAAAAGGCAGCCCCAUUGCGCACACACAGCUUCCUAACACCCAAAAUUCUAGAUCACUAGUACUUCUGUUCAAUCUCAAAUAACAAUCUUCCAAAACCAUCAUGUAGAUUGUUUUCAAUACUUGUACCAUUUCGUUCUUACUGAUUAGGUACUUUGACCCGAAAGACAUUCGUCCCUACACGAUUGCUUCAGAAUUUGUCGUAUAGGCAUGUUCCAUCUAAAAUCGGAACAAUUGUAUAAUAUAUAUUAUGAGAGUACUAUCUCCAGAGUGAUGUUCAAAUCAUUAGCCGAUCGUUCAAUAUUAUAGACUUUGCACGCUGUUGAUAUGUAGGCAACGGAUAGGGCUACAUCACAGUUGAAGGGUUUAUUAUCUGGUAUAUAAUUAGCUAUGCGGAGGCGAGAGGCGAUGAUAUUGUGGAAUGGAACUGUUAGGCUAACCAGAUGUAAUCGUAUUGAUUAUCCGCAAGACGACACUCAACGCCCGUUGGCUUCAAAUUAUAAAGAACCCAAGUACCUAACUUUAGAAUCAUUCCCAACGCAAACAAUCGCUUGGUAAUGGUUUGGUAGAUAACUUCUAAUGCUGAAGCAAGCUCGUCUUGUGUUUGGCACGGAUCCAUGUUGAGUAAUGCCAGCUUCUUGGAACGUUUUUAGUCUUUCUUCACGCGGAUAAUCGUCAACAUCGAGCAACUUUGAAGCAACGAAACCAAUCAUGGCACGUUGUUCCACUUCGAAAAAUUUUGUAGCACUUUGUAUUUCUAGUUUUUUUUUAUGGAGAUGAUAUAAAUUCAAAAACAUAUUUUUGAUAUACUAGAGCAUCGAAAGUAGCCUCGCGGGCUAAAAUAAGCUCCGCCUGAUGAAAUGUAAUUCGAUUAUAGUCUUAAAUCGAAGAAGCAGUGGAGACUAACCUCAAAUUUCACGAUUAAUGUAGAUUUUUGAAACCUUUCUUCCUUUAGGUCGAGAGCUCGUGGAAAUAAUUGCUUGAGAUGUUCAAAUGUUCAACCGAAAAAAGGAUUUUUCCGGGGUUUAUGAAAACAGCACUCGAUUCACUUCCAAAUGGCAUGCCUCUUUGAUCAAGCCUCUGUUUCAAGCAUUUACGCCGCAGAAAAUCGAUCAUCGAUCAACUGAGACAAAUUCGCGAUCAAGAUUAAGAUACACACAAACACUAAUACACAUACACUAACACUUACUAGAAUGACACUAAACAAAUAGAAAAACGAAAAUGUGAUGCAAAACAAAUUGUUAUCGAAUGUGUUCUAGGGAGAAAAAACUAAACGAAAGCGAAACAGACAGAGGGGGGGGGGGGGGAGGGGUCGCAAAAAUAUUCAGCCGUCGACGCAAAAGCAAACAAGUAUUAUCAAAUAGUUUUAUUUAUUUUUAAUGGAUAAGCGCCGAUAAACAAGCGGGCAGCGACGCGGGAUAUAGGGAACAGUUGAAAUUGUUAAAAUUGCAUGAAGUAAAUUGUGUAAAUAGUAAAAAAAACAGUACCUUGAAAUACACUUACCCUCACCUAUUCCUUGGAGGAAGGUGUAUUUAAGCGACAAACAGUACGAAACAAAGAAGGAGGGGGAGAAAGCAGAAGUGCAGAAGUACACAACCCAACAACCAAAUAAUCAGCGAAAGCCAGUAUGAGACAAAGAAAAAAAAAGAAUAUAUAUUUUUUGAUGCCACUUUUAUUCUUAGUAGAAGAAGUCAUAUUAUGGCGCGAACACAAUGGUUACCGAGGGGAGGGGGGUCUCUAAACCAGGUGGGGAUGUCCAUUAGAGGAUUUUCCAGAUUUUCCAUCGCUCCGCCGCUACCAUCGGAACAGCCAACGCCGCCGCACAGUGUAGUAGUCAGGCCUUCAGAGUAAAUCCACAGUAAACACACACGAACACGAAGUCAGCCGGAAGGAAUACGAGAGUCUAGUCGAGCGAUUCUUUAGCGGAAGUAUUUAAGAGUAAAAACAAUUCAAUGAUAUGCCUUUUCAAAAGUACAAAACUUAAACACACUAGACCGGACAUAAAAACACACAUUACAACACACUUAUCACCAGAAAAAACACAUCUCACAAAAAGGUGAGAAUUAUGUACAUGUAGGUAGCAGUUGAUGACCUAAGAAAGUAGGAGCUGUAAUUGUCUUGUAGAAUUUUUCUCACGCUUGUGACACAAACACCAGGGCUAGCGCAGGUUAGAUGAUGAUCGAUGAUCGAUGAUUCUCGUCCGAUUGUGACCAACGUUUGCGUCGAUGCGUCAAAAUUUCCGUUCAGCACCUUGUUCUCAACCAAGCAGCAGCGUGAGGUAACCCUCUCUACAAAUCCAUUAUGAGGAGGGGGGGGGGCGGGGGGUAUGUAGAAGUCAAACGGGCAUCGACGUGAAGUAUAAACCAGAGUAUGAAAGAAAAGGAAGGCGUAGUCGUAGAUAUUGGGAAAUGUAACCAAAUGCUGUGAAAGAGUAAUUUUUUAAAAACAAAAACAAGGAAAGAUGCUAGAUUUAGGUUAUUCGCUUCGUUUUAGUAGAUAGAGUGGGUAAUUAAUGUUAAAACUGGUGAACGUGAGAAAAUAAAGUAUAGCCACAAGUGCAGAGAACCAGGAUCAGAAACGUGUUCAAGAUGUGUGCGUGAUUAGUUAGUUAGGGCAUAUAGGCAAAAAAAAACAACGGAAGGAAGCUCGCACUCGCAGAGGAUAUGUGGGGGGAGAAAAACUUGUUUCCCACCGACAAAAGUAGAAACGGACACACCUUAGGUGCGAACUUCUGUCGCUAAACAUUCCAGAAGGGGUGAUUCAGAAUAAACCACAUGCACACACCCACAAAUGUAACGCGUAAGCUGCUGCUGCUGCUGCGUCGUGAAGAAAAACCGUAAACACUGAAAUGUGGAAAGAUUAAAGAAAAUAAUUUGCCACAGUGAUAUAGAUUUAAUGGAGCAAAACGCACUUAAUUUAUUAAGUAUUGAUCGGUUGGAAGCAUUGUCUUUGUAGAAAAGUAUCAAAAGCUAGAACAUGGAAGAAAAACAUGUGGUCACACAUACCAA